UGGAAUAAAAGCCGGGGAGUAUGAUGGAGAGCGGAUGGGCUGCUGCUGCGCUCUUCAUUGUGGCCAGAUGUGAGGAGUUGGUGUGAAGUUGGAGUGAGUGUGAUGCCUCCUCUGUGAGCUGCCAUGUCGGUGUGGAUGAUGGAGGUGGAGGUCUGCAGGCUGCGUGUCUUCCAGCUGUCGCUCCUCCUGCUCUGCUUCUCGGCUCUCCGCAGCUCAGCCAUAGACACCGUGAAUGUCGUGGACUUUUGCGGCCAGACGAUCCGUGAUGACGGCAUGAUUGUCAACUCCCACCAGGAAUCCAAGAAGUACUACUUUGUUACUAUGGGUACCGACUGUCACCUCACCAUGCAGGCCAGCUCUCUGAAAGACAAGGUCCAGUUCCACUUUCGCUUCUUCCUGGUCUACAGCCUGCUUAGAGUGGCCCCUCUGAGUCCUGCCCCCCUCUUCCCAGAGUCCCCUCGUGGCUCCGCCCCUCUUAACCCCAGACUUGAACCUACCUCUGGUGAGACACUGGGAGACCCAUGUCACGCUGGCUCAUACGUUCAGUUUUACGAUGGUCGGGACAAGAGCUCACCUCCCCUUGGGCCUCCUCUUUGUGGGAAAAGCCCUCCCCGGCCAGUGCUGUCCACAGGAAACUACCUGACCCUACGGCUGGUGACCAGGGGCACUCAGCCCAGGGUGGACUUUGUGGGGGACUUCACUUCCUUCAGACUGGGUUUUAACCAAUCAGAGUGCAGCAGUGAGCCCUACUUCACCUGCAGGAAUGGGAAAUGCAUCCCUCUAAGUCUGGUCUGCGAUGACAAAGCCAUUGACAACUGUGGUGAUGGAAGUGACCUGGAGGAAAACCUCACCACAGGAUGUAAAGCAGGUCAGCUUUUACCUCCUGAACCUCCGCCACCAAUGUCAACUCCACCCCCACCCUUUGUAAAACCACCCACAAUGCCGAUUGCAACUCAUAAGAAAUGUCCCGUGCCAGACAGCGCUCCUAGUCACGAAUCAGUAACAGACUCUCCUGCCUCCUUGUCCCUGUUAAUUCUCUACAUCAUCCUGGGUGUUGUGGCGGGCGGCACAGUGCUCUGUUGGUGCUGCUGGACACCUGGAUGGUUUCUAUGGCGCAUCAGCAUCUGCCGCUUCUUACCCUGCUGUAACUCGGCCUGUGCUUCCUGCCAGUUCUGCACUCACAACUGCACCCACAAUCAAGAGCACCGACUGGCAAAAGUCACCCCACACACACCGGUCAAUGGGACACCAAGGGGCACAGCUGCUACCACCAACAGUGCUGAGGAAAAUGUUACCACGGCAACUGUGUAGAGCUGAGGGACUGUCCACCUGAUCAGCGCUGGUAUGGAGAGAUGUGGGUACAAUAAGCUAAUGCUGAGCUGUGACCAGUGAUGGACAUGACCAAGGAUCUUUCUAAUCAAGGUUGGAUUGAAGUGGUCUAGAAUGGGAUGUUGACUGUAUAUAGGGGUCAUGUUUAUGGAUAAACUGUGGGUUGUAUGCUUUUAAUGCUGGUGAGACUGCUGUUUUUGUUGCUAUGAGAAGGUAAAGCAGGGUAUAGUUGGAUUAUGGAUUGUAUCAAAGCAUAAAUGUAUCUGAAAGUGUUCUUAGAAUUACUUCAAAACUUUUUUGUUGAUAGCACACAGUUGACCUGUUUUGAAAUUGUCUUACAUGACAUGAUGGCAGCAUAAUGUGUUUGAGAGGCUGCCUCUGAAGUUUGACAACUUCAUCAGUUUUCAGAACAAAGUUUUUAGUCUAAGGAGUGUUUGCUCUUGUACUUGUCUGUUAGCUGUUUUCACCAUGUCUUAGAGGUCAGCAUUUAGUUAUGCAGUGAAACUACACUUCCAAUCCACAGCUUUGACCAAAAGUAUGCCCUGGACACAUGCAGAGAAAAAAGCCCCAGAGUCGCCCACCUGGUGACAACAGCUGCUCUCCCCUGGAGACUUUUCCCUCUCCUCCCAGCAGUCUGCUGUUGUUCCUCAUAAUAGCCGUGUCAAGUGUGGACAAUGGAGCACAAAGUCAUCUAGUGCCUAGAAGUCAAUCUUUAGGCUCAACUUAAGGAAAUUAAGUAUGAACUUCUAACAUGCUCUAGUCUGCACACAAUAAAUGCAUGACAGUUCUUCAACUUCAACUUUAUUAUUUGUCCCUUGAAGGCAUUUGUUAUGCAGCAGUUACACAAGCGUUCACGAUAAACAAUAAAAUACUAUUUAAAAGAAACGUUUAAAAAAACAGUAAAAACACAAUAAAAACAAUAAAAUAUCACACAAAACAUAAGAUAGACAGGGACAUUAGCAGCAGUGUAGGUAAUGUAGUGUAGUUCAGUGCAAACAGUCACUUAGCAACAGCAAGACAGAAUAAAGCAAAAACAGCAUAAAGUGCAGCACAGGACAUGAUUCUUGCUAAUUAAACAACUCAAAUCAGUCAAGCUUUGUCAGCUCAAGUACAUAGAACUAGCUGUGGCUGUGGAGGGCAUAUUUCUGAGGAUUACAACUGAAACAUUAAAGGAUAAAAUGACCAUAUUUCACAAUUAAAGUAAAUUAAGUUUAAUUAAAUUAUGUUUACAAUGAAAUAAUAAUGUCAAUUAUUUCACAAAAAAAUAUUUGAUAAGUAUUCACCAUUUUCUCCUUUAUAAUCACAUGAAGUGCUGAAACCAGAAAAGGUUGUCAUUUCCUGAAGUGUGUACAUCAUGGCUGUAUUUCUGUCCAUCAGUGUGUUAAGUUUGUGUGGUAGUGGACUGACAAGUGACUCUCUCAAGAGGAUUUUUGGGGGUAAAUUAAGUCCUCUCUGACCUUACUUUCUACCACCAUGUGACUGUUGAAUCACAUCUGCUUUUUUAAACUUGUUGAUGAUGUUAAAAGUUUUUGCCACAUUAGCAGCACUGUCCAAGGAAUGGCAGCGCUGGCUAUCUGGUCAGUGACCUGGUUCAUCAGCCUGGAGUUUCUCAGGACCACUGAGUACUGCCAGUGAAAUGUGGUUUUGAGUGAUUUGUAUCUCUGAAUAGAUAACCAUUGUAUUUGGUACACACUUGCAUAUGCCUGUUUAUGUACUCCAGAUUACGCUUUUUCUUCUGAGAACCGAAGAAGCCUGUUUGAUAAAAGCUGAAAAACCUUAAAGAA